AUGAGAGGAAUUUGGAAAGAUGCCUAUGAAAUGACUCCACUUCACGUGCUUGCAACAUCUGCAACCCUUCGCCUCGAUUUACUCCAAGUACGUCUGGACAAUGAUUGUCCUCUUGAAGUUCUGUCCCAGAGAGACGAUCAUGGAUCGACCAUGCUACACUACUUGUUGAAAAAUGGAAGUCUAGGAUCCGUGGCACUCAUCAGGUUGGUGCUUCAAAAGGCCAUUCUCGAAAAAAACCUCGAUUUGGAAUGGAAGAAUGGAGGGUGGAAUUUAGUCACUAAUAGAGUCAUUGGAUCGGAAUGA